AAAAUAUCGCGAAAUUUCAAAAAACUUUUGAAUUUUACGGCAAUUAACUCAUAUAUUUUUUGUAUUAUUAUUAUAAGGCUAGUAGAAUCCGUGUAAUUUUGUUGUUUUUCGGAAAUUUUACAAAUGAAUAAAGAAAAAAAAAAAAAAUCAUCACCCCUUUUCGAUUAAGAGGGAACGUCACCGUUUGAGCAGCUCCGCCUAAGUCUAACAACCCAGUGCCGAUACCCAAGAAGUGGUCGCUCCACAGUCGUCUCACUUGCCCCCAUUUCUACACUAGAACCCAAUCCUCCGCCGCCGCUGCUGCUCCCAUUUUCCUAAUUUCUUGAUCCGCAACCAUUGAUGGGAAAAGGCGGUGGCUGUGUCCCUAGCAAGAAAAAGUUCCCCAAACGCACCACCGCCGCCGCCGCCGAGGAUGACCACGAACUCCCCGAGUCUACCCCAGCUGCCACGGAGAGUACCGCCACCGCGCCGCCCGCAGACGAAGCAGUCGCCAUUAUCCCUCCCGAACACCCGCGUCGCAAUGUCAGACUCUUCAUAGUGUUCUACUCGAUGUACGGGCACGUGGAGGGCCUCGCCCGGCGGAUGAAGCAGGGCGCCGACAGCGUGCCCGGCGUCGAGGCCGUGCUCUACAGGGUGCCGGAGACGUUGACCGACGAAGUCCUCGCCAAAAUGCGGGCCCCGCCCAAGGACGACUCGAUUCCCGAGAUCGGGUCGCCCGCGGAUUUGGCUGGCGCCGACGGCUUCCUAUUCGGGUUCCCCACGAGGUACGGGUGUAUGGCUGCGCAGAUGAAGGCGUUCUUCGAUUCCACCGGCCAAUUGUGGAGGGAGCAGAAGCUCGCCGGGAAGCCCGCCGGCUUCUUUGUCAGCACCGGGACUCAAGGUGGCGGCCAAGAAACCACUGCUUGGACAGCGAUUACCCAAUUAGCUCAUCACGGGAUGCUAUUUGUUCCAAUUGGAUACACAUUUGGUGCGGGUAUGUUCAGAAUGGAUUCCAUUAGAGGUGGUUCUCCGUAUGGAGCUGGGGUUUUCGCAGGUGACGGCACGAGGGAGCCAAGUGAAACGGAGCUGGCCCUUGCAGAGCACCAGGGCAACUACAUGGCUGCCAUAGUCAAGCGGUUAGCUCAGCCCUGACAGCUUCAAAUUUGCAGGCCUCGAGUGUCAUGUUUCAUGAUAGGUAUUGCCAUUUCACUUCAUUAUGAACCAAGAAAAUCCCUGCCCAUUUAUCCAUUGUUUUUUUUGUCGUCUUCAAUUUAGAUUUGUCUGCUCAUUCAAUUAUUUUUAAUGAUUGGUUAUGAAUUGUAUAUGUGUUUACCUUUUUGGAUGGAUUACUGUGGAAUAAGCUGUGGCGUUUGGCUUGCUUCCUAGUGUAUAUAUACUGGAUAUUUCCUUCC